GUAAUGAUAACAUGUUCUUAUAUAUUUUGAACACAUACUGAUAUUGUAUACACAUACAUAUGAAUUUGAGCUAUAAUUUUCCAUGAAUUUGUAAACUAUCACAAUAAAUAUAGAAAUCCUCAAAACAAUAAUUAUAAUCAAAGGAGAAUUUACUUUAUUCAGUUUCAAAUUGAACUCUGGCUUUUGUUGUUAUCUUAUACUGUUAAUGUUUAAUUUUUGGAAUAAUUAUAACACAUUAACAAUGGUAGUGUUGUAAGUGAAUAAAUUUGUUAAACAUAGAAGGUAUGUUGAAUAAUUCAAUCUCGGGAGCAAACAUGCCAAGCAUCGGAAACAUCAAUCAAGGAUCAAAUCAAUAUGUUAAUAACCCUUUGCAAAGCCCUCAAUUGCAGUCCACAUCAUCACAAGGUUCACCUGUACAGCAUAGCCCUGUAAGCCAAUCACAAGUUUCUAAUAAAAAUAACCAAAGUGGUGAUCAAGGGUCACAGCCUCUAACCAGACCAAGGUUGCAAGAGUUAGUCCGAGAAGUUGACCCAACAGUACAACUAGAUGAGGAGGUUGAAGAAGUUUUGCUGGAAUUAGCUGAUGACUUUUUGGAUGUUGCAGUAAAUGCAUCUUGCUGUCUUGCUAAACACAGACAUGCGUCUACUGUGGAGUUAAAGGAUGUUCAACUACAUUUAGAAAGACAAUGGAAUAUGUGGAUACCUGGAUUCGGUAACGACGAGCUGCGGCCAUACAAAAGAGCAGCGGUCACCGAAGCUCACAAACAGCGAAUGGCUCUUAUCCGGAAGACUAUGAAAAAAUAUUAAAUAAGCAUUCUUAAUA